AGUGUCGUGACGUCGGUGGAACCAAACGUCAUUUGGUACAGUCCUGCGACCUGUAGCCGGAAACUAUACGUGCAUACAAUUUUGUGCAAUUUGACAGGAUCUCUGUGAAGGUCUUUCGGUGUUCUUGUCAUGGGGGAUUUUGCAUAGGUAAAGUCAGUAGUUGUCAGUACUCUAUCAUUAUGUAUUGUUAUACGUGGUUAUAUGUUUUUUCUCCAAUGUAGUUUGUCCCGUGUCAUCUAGUAAAGUCAUGAAAGAAAAUAUAGAAUUUUCAUGUUUUGUCUCAAGUGAACACCUUGAAAGCUCGGUAAUAUGCAAUAAUAAAACAUACUUCGAUACAUUGCUGGGCAUGACAGGUUGUAUACUCAGCAGACUGCAGUGUGUUUGCACAGUAUUAUUGGCUGCUAAAUCAUGAUCUCUCCAAAGACCGGGUUUUUUAUAAGCUUCCUUUUAAAACUCAUUUUGUAAUGCUAUUUCUAUGCAGCUUUCAUUAAGCUCUUAUUCCCCAAUACUUCUCUAUAAUCUUUUCUCUUCACUGAGCUUGUGAUAUUAACAAUGAGUGGCAAGAAACGCAGCUCCGGUAAAAUUACUUUAGGCAUGCUUAAGGGAAAAUCUAUUACAACAUCUGUACCUUCAUUUGCGAUCCGUUUUCAUACUGGAGGUGAAGAAUUGGAUGAGAUAUACCCAAGUGCUGAGGAUACAGAUGAUGAUGCUGAAAAGCCAACAAUUAACAUUGGAUUCCUCCAAAAAGAGGACACAAAUACAAAAAAUGAAAUUAUUGUGGAGCAAAACAGUGGCAACCCUCCAUCUGCCUCUGGAAAUGUUUCAUCAGCAAUGCCAUCCUCUUCUUCCUCCUCUUUGGCAGCAGGAACGCCAUCAAUUUCUGUUGCCAGUGCUCCUUCGAGAGAUCCAUCACCAAUGAAAGAAUACUUUAAAGGGAUUGGAAAGAGAUCAACAAGUAUGGAUGCAGGCAUUAUUGACGGGGCUUCUGGUAGUGACGCUGGCUGGAGAAUAUUUCAUGAAUGGAAAGGGAAAAUUACAAAAACUGUUGAAGAAAGAUUUAGUGAAAAAUUUAGUGAUAAGAAACCUGCAUCAGCUAGUAGUUCAGAACCUGUUAGAAGGGGUCGAUUGGGUUCUGGGUCAGGAUCAGGGAGUAAAAGUAAAGAAAAUUCUAGUGUUAGUGAUGAUGAAGGUUCUGAAUCCUUAAAUCAACAGAGCGAUACCAAAAUCUCAGAGGAAACUAAAAUAGCUGUAGAUGACAAACAACCCUCUUUAAAGAGUGAAUCUUCUCCAAAACGAUCUGUUGAGGAAAAGAAGUCAUUAUCUUUGGAAGAGAAAGAUGAUGUUUUGAGUGAUUCUUUGACUGAUCCUCCUAGCACAUCUUCUGCUGUUGAUGUUUCAGAUUUGACAGAUAUUUCAUCAAAGGGUCUGAUUAAGAAGUCAGGUUUCCGAAACAGGAUGAAACAUAACUUAACUGGUUUACGUAGCAGACAUAGGGCUGCUAGUGCUCCUAUUACUGGCAGAAUAACAAUGUCUUCUCUGUCUGCAUCUGCAGAGGAUGAUGUGGAGCUACAAACUGACAGUGACAUAGAACCUGCUGUUGAAGCUUCAGAAGACAUAAAAUUUAAUGUUUUUCAGAAGACACAUCAGAUUGAAGAGGAUGCUCAAAUUACUACUACUGAUUACCGUACUACUGUACCAACUUCUCAUCCUCCCUUAGAAAAGCCUAAAAAGCGAUUUAAAAAUUAUUUCGGAUUGGUUUCUAGACUCUGGUCGUCAAAAUUUGUUGUCUUGGGUUUAUCUCUAUGUUUGUAUUCAGUUUUCUAUGAAGUUCCAGCUUCCUUCAUCGGUUUCUUUUGGGGAGCAUUAGUUGUUUACAUAUAUUAUGCAGUGCGUGACAUGGUGAGGGCUUUAGUAAUGCCAAGAACUGAAUCACAGUCAGACUUCCAUUUGACAUCCAUGACACGUGAUGUGUCUUCUUCUGACCUACCUAUUCUAGAAGUUCCUGCUGCAAAGGAAUACCAACCUUUAACUAAAUAUGAGGGUUGGAUGAAUGAGUACCCAGAUUCUUACAAUCCAGACACGUAUUCUAUCACAGCAACACAAACUGUAUAUGUUCGUCUGGAAGGAUCAACUUUGCGUGUGUCAAACACGCGUUUGAAGAUUCCAAAAAGAGCAAUGUGGAAUGAACGAAGACAUAAAUUAAGAUUUACACAUCAAAGAAUAUACAACAUUGCAAAUUGUGCUAUAAAACUACUACCUGAAGGACUUACUCGUAGGAGGCUUUGGAGUAAAAAGUAUCCUAUUUGUAUAGUGCUGUUGAAGUCUUCUGCAUUAAAAUCUUGCCUUAUGAAUAUAGUAAAGGAAGCAAGCUCUUUAGAUGAAACAAGUCAGAGAACUGGAGUUGCUCUUGAUAGUGAGGGCUUAGAUUUACUCUCACAAGGCAGUGACACAAUCCCGGAUUCACGCUCUGAUUUUGAUGAGAAUUCACUUUUUGAUUCAAAAUCUGGAGAAAAUAAAUCAUUUGAUGAAGAAGAAAUGAGUAUUCCUGGAGACAUCAGUGAUGAAGAUACAUUUUGCCACAUAGACAAAUCUGCACUGGAAGAAACCUGUCUGUAUUUAUUUGCUCGCACGGAUCGUGAGAAAGAGGAUUGGUACAGGAGACUUGCUGCUGCUGUUAAAUUUCAUACUCCCAUGGAAGAGGAGGUGGAGGAACAAACCCAACAACCUACCGAAUGUCCUCCAGAAGUAGCGAAAUCAGUUGGUUUACUUCCUAAGAUUACUACGAACCCACCAAAUUCUACAUUGCCAGACAACCAAGAUUCUGUUCAAAGUCAACAAAAACCAAUUGAAAAUACUGAAGACACAAUUUACUCUGAAACUUUAGAGGAUGCAAAUUCUGACUAUUUGAAGUUCAUGAGCGUCUACAAGCUUCAGGUGCUAACUGCCAAAGGCAAACGUAUAUUGAAGCCAGCUCCUCUCCUCAACCCUCCAGCUCAUUCUCCUCAUCGGAAUUCUAAACAAAAAUUGGAUGCAGAAAUACAAAAUGCAGCAGAAAGUGAUGUUGCUCCUAACUUAAUGUGGUUUAAUGCAUUUAUUGGAAGAGUUUUAUAUGAUUUAAUGAAAAAUCCAUUUUGGGUUCUAAAAUUACAAGAACGUAUUCAGAAGAAACUCUCAGCUAUUCGGUUACCCCAUUUUGUAGGUGAAAUUAUUGUUUCGGAAUUAGAUGUAGGAGAAUCUGUUCCUCUUAUUCACUGCACAUCAUCACCUAUGCUUGAUGAAAGGGGAUUGUGGGUCAAUGUUGAUAUCACUUACAAAGGAAAUGCUAGUUUGACCCUUGAAACAAAAUUGAAUCUUUUGAAAUUGAAGAAAGAACAACCUUCAGACACAUCAUCUGCCCCAUCACCAAGUUUGGCUUCUCCCUCUACACCAGUGAACACUGAUAAAAGUGAUUCACAAAUUAGGAGUUCCCCUAUGUUUGAUAGUGACCUUGAUGAUUCUGCUGAAUCCUCUGAUGAUGAUAGUGAUUUUGAUAAAUCUUCUACUGACGAAGAAUAUGUUGGAAGUUCUGCCCAAAAUGCUGGAAGCACUGGGAAGAGAAUUUUGCGAAUGGUGAAUAAGAUUGCUGCAUCUAAAUAUUUUCAGCAGGCUACUGAUUAUAAAUACAUUAAGCGUGCUAUGGAAGAAGUAUCAAAUACACGUAUAAUUUUGUCUGUGGAAGUUAAAGGCCUGGCUGGAACUCUUACUUUGAAUCUCCCUCCACCGCCUUCCGACCGAUUAUGGUAUGGUUUUCGAGGUUGUCCUCAUUUAGCUCUCUCUGCACGUCCAAAAUUUGGAGAGAGGCAAGUGAAUAUCAGUCAUGUUGUUAGUUGGAUUGAAAAACAACUCGUCAAAGAAUUUCAGAAAAAAAUGGUUCUUCCCAACAUGGAUGAUAUUGUUAUUGGCCCAAUGAAAGAUGCUCUUCCUAAAUGAAAUUGUUUAAAUCUUGACAUUAUGAGAUGUGCAAAAUCAUGAAUGUGAACUACAUCACACUUCUGUAAAUGAAUUAGAUGUAUCAGACAGAAGACUAGGAAAUGCUACAUAUCUUAUAGAUUGCAUUCAGUAGGUGACUGAAGUAUGUUUGUAUAGUAGAAAAGUAAGUGUUUGAAAUUAGUUUAAUGAGUCAGAGAAUGAUCAACUGAGAUAUGUUUCAUCAUCUCCUUUGUGUCCAGUGUUCACCAUAAGUAGGAUGACAUCUAAUUGUUGACUUGACGGAACCACCAAGGAAAUAUUCUAUGUUGUAUUCUCUGUUUCAACAUAGUAUCUGUACGUACAUUGUUCAGUGUGUAGAAGAUACAAUUUGGACCUAGUUGUGCUAUUCACAAACUAAGUAGCCAUAAUUGUGUGGCUACUUAGUAGCCAUAAUUGUAUUAUUAAUUCUCUUUUAUGAAGGAAAAAUCUUGGGAGCAUAGCAGUUAGCAGUUCUGUUACUGUCCUGUUUGAUUUUUUGUAGAGCUGUCGCUGUGUACUUCUGGCUUUCGUGGUUAAUCUUCACCUUUGAUGUUUUAGGAUGUGGGAUUAACUAUCCAGUGCCUGGUUCUUUCAGCUGUAUAUAAAUUAAGUAGAUGCUUGUUUUUAGUGUUUUUCAUGUUGUGGAUAUAUUCAAUAUUGAAAAACAAAAAUUGCACCAUUAAAAUGUAAUAGGAUGUUCAAUAUCAACAUUACCUGUUUAUAUAUGGAGAAAAGCAACGAUUUGAUGUUUGCUAUCUAUGUAGUUGGAAAUGGAUAGAACUGCCUGCCAUCAGGUUUUUCCUUUGUAAGAAAUUUACUGGUCUGAAAACUAUAGUGUCAUGUGUAGGAAUCUUGCCUACUCAAUCUCAUUUAGGAAAAUAGUAAUGACAAUCGCAGAGAUGACAAGAAAUGAAGUGCCCACAAUAAUUCUGAGAAAAAUAUUAAAUUUUGCUUCAGUUCUGUGCAGUAUUUUUUUGUUUCAUCGAGGUGGUGUGGGUUUUCAAAUCAUGAAACUGAGACAUUGUGAUAAGUAUAAUGUUGCCUUCUAUAGGAAAUAGGACUGCGACAUUAAUUUGUAUAGUCUUCUUUUCACUUUUUAUAUGUGCACUUAAUUGCAUUUGUAGAAUUCUUCCUGUAGUGCUUUUUAGAAAUUUUAGACUUUAUCUUUUUAGUUUAUGCAUUAGUAUUCUUAUUCCUGCUAUGUACUUUUUGUUAAAUUUAUUAUAAUGAGAUAUAUAUAUGAAGGACAGAAAAGUACCUGUCUGAGUGCCAGAUACAGAAUGUUGUGAAAUUUUUGCCAACAUAAAAUAAGUUUUGCUAAUAAUACACAUGAAAAUAUGCAGUGAAGUGAUUGAAUUUUAGUCUUGCUAUAAUAGUUGGUUCUUUUCUAAGGCAAAUAUUAAAUACUUGAACUUAAGUUAAGAUCUUAUGAUCUACAAAAUUAAAUCCAUGUACUGUGCAAAAUUAAUUUUCUAUAAAAUACAAAUUUUGUAUUAAGCUGUGCUUAAAAAAGGUUGUAGGUCAAGCAUUGUACUUACAUUUAAAAUAUUGCAAUUACUGUUCAGUUUUUCAUCUUGUAUGUACUUAUAACGGCUUUUUCUGAACUAUUUUUUGUCAUUACAGUUUUAUUGUAACAAAACACUUUUUAUUACUUGUUUAUUCUCUCGCUUAGCAAAUUUGGGUUUGUAUACAAAUUGAAUUGAACAUCAGGACAUCAAGCAAAUAGAAUGUUGGCUUAAAUAAUAAUUCAAUUCCAUUCAAACUGUGGGCAAUUUCGAAUUUCAGGGUUUACUAAUUUAUUUCUCCUAGGCUUGCUAAUGUAAAAUGCUCAUUCAAAAGUUGGAGAUACAUAUUCAAAUGUUUUGUUACUUUCAAAGAUGGUCUUUAUCUUUUCCAUCUGCUAUUCCUUAACCAUUCAUAACUGUAUUUUUGGUCACCCAAUUUAUAAUUUUUGUCAGACAUAAACUAUUUCGUAUAUAUGGAUUAAGGAAAACAAGUACAUGAUUUUUUUAAGAAUAGUUAAGCAUUCAAUUUGCUACUUUGGGGUGCUCAUAACAAAUUUAAAUUUGACUUUAUAUACUCAAAAUUCAAUUAUCCAUGAAAAAGAAGUACCUUUUUACCAAAGAAAAUAAACAAUUGGAAAAACAUCAUUUUCAAAGUGAAUGUGCAAUCUAAACAUUUAGUUUGAAAAAAUAAUACAGAAUACUACAUAUAUCCUCAAACAUUUUAAAAUGUAUUAGCUCUUCUAAUUUUUUCCCUUGAAAAUGUUAGAGAAAAUUCAAGAAUUUGCUUGGUUUCUGAUGGAUUUCAAUUGCUUAUAGCUUUUGAAUUUGCAAUAUAGUCAUUCCAGAGAGAUGAUGUAUAUGAUGUUAGGGUUGUGUUUGUUUUUGCUGUUUAAUUGUUUUGUUUAGUUUCUCAAAAUCUAGGAUAUAUUAAUCUUAUAUUUUUGUUACCUUGUAAUCAACAUUGCUCUUUAUGUCAAAGUCUAUUAUAUCAUAUACAUAACUAAACAAUAUUUAAAACAGGGGUAAUAUCUCCUCAACAAGGACUAUAUCACCUUAUAUAAUGGUUAUUUUAUUUGUUUUGUAUUAACUUGAAUAUUUUAUUUAUAAAUGUUCCAGCACUCUUGUGUAGUUGCGAAUCUUUGCAUUCUUCACAAUUUAAUAAAACGCUAAGGUGUAGUUUGCUUUUGUGAUGUUUCUCAAAUUCACAAACAUUUCAGUAAGAAAGUUAAUUUGGCUGACAAAUUAAUUGAAAUCCAAAAAUAAAGUGUACACAUUCCUGAGAGUCGCGUUGUGAAGGCAAAGAAGCUUUAAGGAAAGUUCAUUAUAGCAGUAAGUAAUGAUUGAAUACAGCUUUUAUGAUAGAAUAUUUUUUUAAUUUCUUGGUUGAAAAUGCAGCUUGAUGAGGGUUAAGGAAUAGAAUGUGAAUUAGUAAAGACUUCAUGAAAUAGUUUGUUAAUAGGAACAUGUGAUUUCAUAAAAGGAUUACAAAUUGUAUCAAAUUGUUUCAAAAUCAUAGAUCUAUUCCUAAAAAAUGGUAUGAAGAGGUUUUUUUUUUAAAAAUGAGAAGUGUGAAAUGACAUGUUUUGCUCAUCCUGACCUGUGUGUUUGGGAAACAUCUGCUUUGAAUAAUUUAAGAAUCAAUACUCUCGGUGGCAGUGAUUAUAUUUUUCACUUACAAUUUAUUGUGAGCAAAUCAUAGUUUUACUUAAAAUGAUAGGUUGGUGAUGUUGGCUUCUUGCCUUGACCAAUUACAGCUGACUGAUGAUUGCAGCACUUUUCUAUAAAAAAGUUUUGUUUUAGAAAACACAAGUGCCAAAGUUAGGUUUUGCAGAUUUCUUGCUAAAUGCUCAGUGCAAUUUCCACAUGCAAAUGCAUGUUUCACUUGUGUUGCACUGUAUUGGAGUGUAUCUAGUUAUCAUGACAGUAGUUUAUACUUGAAAUCAUUCUUGCCAGAAAGCAGUAUCUUUUAAAACUGUAUUCAUUUUGUACUUAAAAACGACAAUAUGUCCAUUUGCCCAAUUUUAUAAUUAUAUCUGCAAGUGACCUGUUGAACUUCAAUAAAAUUUGGAUUUGAAUUUGAAACAAGUAUGAUACAACAUUUUGUGAAAAUUGGAAAUCAUAAUAAGAUUUAAGAGGACAUCUUAUUUUGGAUUCGUACAAAAAUGAGAAUCUUUCCUCAGUUUUUGGGAAAUCUUUACCACAGUUGGUACAGAUUUCAAGUUCAUAUAUUAAUGAUCAUCCUGAAAUAAUUAAUGAGUGAAAUUGAGCUUGUGUUCCUUAGAUAGAGUAAUUCAGAUUAUAUAUGUAUAUGAAUAAACAUUGUACAGAUUAUAUUAUCCAUGACUUUUUGAAAUUGUUCAAGAGCUGCAUAGCACUGAAACAGGUGCCAGAUAGUAAUGUUACUUAUCAGGGUAUGAAUUCAUGGUUGUUUUUUGGUUGUUUUGAUUUGAUUAUAUAUCCUUUAUACAAAAUGUAAGCGUUAUACUUUUAACAUUGGUAUUAAUAGUUUCUUGCAGCUAGUAUUGAAAUCUUAGUAUAUUUUUUCAGAAAAAAUAACUUUUGUGAAAAUCCUCUUGGUUUUUCUGAGAUGUGUAUUUAUAAAAUUUUUAUACGUAUAAGAGAAUUUUGUGAAUUUUUAACUUGAAACUAUAUUUCCAAGAAGCAAAUGACCAAAUUUCUAGAUUUUCAAAAGUGGUAAUAUCAAAGUAGAAAUUCCAAUGUUUUUAUGAUUAAUGUCUUUGUUUGGUAACAUCAUUAAUUAGAACAACUUAUUUCGUAUCUUCUUUUUAAGGAGUAUAUUCCAUGUCAUCUUCCCUCUUUACUUUUUAUCUGAAAUUUUUGUAAGUUUUUUUGGGGGUGCUGAAUAGAUGGUGUAGGAAUUUCAUAAUUAUGUUGUUUUAAGCUGAUCUGGAUACAAGUAGAAGUAAUUUGAUAAGCAACUGGUGUAUUACUAUAAUUUAGUUCCUUAGUGCAGUUGUUGAUUAUUGCAAAUGAUUUUCUAUGAUCAUUUAUCAUUUAUUAUCUAGUCAUAGUCAUGAAGAUGUUGAACAAUGACAUUUGCUCUUUUGAUUCAAGUUAUUUGUGAGAUUCACAUUUAUUCAUGGUGAUUGGUGACUACACAUAAAUAGGUAUUUUUACUUACAUUUCCUGUAUUCAGAAUCAGAACAUCAGUUUCCCUCUAAUAAAUUCUUUGGGCUUGUGUUAGCUCUAAUUAUUUGGAGAAAUUGAUGGUAUGUACCAUAGUUGAGUUUCAGUAUUUUCUAUUGUUGGGGAUACCAAUUUAUUAGUAUUCAAACACACACACACACACACACACACACAUGUUGGUGUUCAUAGGUAACACAUACUAUUUUAUAUACAAAAUUUUAUUAUAUGAAACAGCCACAUGCUAUCUGAACCACAAUGAUUCUUUGUCAAGUUGUUGAACUGACAGGAUCUGUGAUGUCUUCUUUUGUGGAAUAUGGAAUGUACUCUGUGAUCAUGAAAUAAUGUUCAGAGGAUGUCAAGAAGUUUCUUCACAUAUUCGAGAAUCUAGUUGCUGGAGCAAAAUUUCAUUACACAUCUUAUUAAUCAACAAGUAGCUAACUACUAGUUGACUUGUAAUACGAUAGUCUUUCAAUGAUCGCAAAUUUAUAAAAUUGAAUUAUGACAUGCAAAUGAAAUGUGUAUUAUCAGUUUCCCUGUUUCUCGAUGUCUGGUUUGAACUGAGAUUCUGGUGAAGCUACUUUCUGUGACACCCUCAUCAGACAAUAUUUUGAUUUUAGUAUGCACUUGCUAGUCAGAUUUCUGUGGUAAUGUAAGUGGUUAUGUUCAAUAUUGCUGUAAAUGUGUGUAUGUGCACAAGCAAAAGAAUAUCAAAUUAAUGUGGCUAUUUCCCUUUCUGGAAAAGUAACCCACUCUGUUAUUUUGCUUCUCUUGAAUUAAUAAGGGUUUUAGACAUACUGUAUAAGCAUAAAUGUUAAAUGUUUGUGAUAUUUCAUCAAGCCAAACUUGUUUUAAAAUACCAAAGGCUAUAUUAUAACUGUUAAAAAUUCAGGAAACUGUUGGUAUCUUGAACAAAGGAAUAAAGUGUUUGUAUUUUUCUGCUGUGAGAUGUAGAGUAUUGGUAAUAAAUUGAUUUAUGAUAAUUGUUUUGU